AUGGGAGGAGGCGUGUGCAGAGAGGAGGUGAAGGAGGAGAAGAGGAGGAGCGUUGGGAGAGAAGACAGUCUGACGUCAGCCGAUAGAAUCCGUCGGUUCUCCGUCAAACAGUUUGGAUUCAACGUUCUGAGUCUGACACGCAGAGGACUGAAGGAGGUUCCUGAGGAACUCUGGGAGCUGUUGGAGCUGGAGAAGCUGAACUUGUCUCUCAACAGUCUGAAGGUUCUUCCUCCUCAGCUGGCUUUGCUCUCCAACCUGGUGGUUCUCAACCUGUGGGGGAACCAGCUUGGCAGCCUGCCAGCAGAGAUCGGACAGCUGAAGAGACUCAGAGUUUUAUUCGUCUACAGAAACAGACUGAGUGAAGUUCCUGAAGAGCUGGGAGCCUGUACACAACUAGAGGUUCUGAGUCUGGCCAACAACCAGCUGACCUCGCUGCCGGCGUCGCUCUCCAAUCUGACCCGACUGAGGAAACUCAACCUCAGUCACAACCUCAUCGCUCACAUCCCAGGAUGCAUCUACAACAUGAAGGCUCUGGUGUUCCUCCACCUGGCAUGUAACCGUCUGGAGAACCUGGCAGAGAACAUCCAGGCUCUGGUGGAGCUCAAGAUCCUCAUUGUGGAGGGAAACAGCCUCCAUUCUCUGCCCAAGGCCCUCUGCUGUCUCACCAGGUUGGAGUUGCUGAACCUGGACUUCAACGACAUUAAGGACGUACCUCAGGAGAUGCACCAGCUGUCCCGUCUGGAGAAGCUGGCCUGCCAUCCUCUGGAUAAAGGACUCCACAUCGUCCACAACCCGCUGAUGAAACCUGUGAAGGAGGUUCUGGAGGGGGGGCUCAGCGCGCUCUUCAACUACCUGAGGGCGGGGUAG